UGCAGACGCCGCGAACGAAAUGCUAUGAGUUUAGCCUAGCAUCGUGAAACGUUGAGGUGUCUUCCCAGUGAUGGCGUCACUGUAGAUGCUAUUUUCUUGUAUAAUUCUAUAAUAAAGAGAAGCUAAAUGUAUAUGUGACUAUAUUUAAACAUCAUAAUAUGCUUUAAACUUUAGUGACACGCGCCUCUGUUGAAGAGAGUUGACAGUUAUUGACAUCAGUUAAUAAUCCUCACUACAUUACUAACUAUUUGUAUAUUGUAUAUAUUUCCAGAUUCUCUACUUUAUUAUUGUAUUAUUUUUUUAUUUAAUAUUUUAUUUAAUUCCAUCUUAUUGCCUAUAUUACCGUUUUAUAUCCAUAUCUUUGGCUUGUUUCCACUGCUGUAGUUCUAUUUCUUUACACGGAGCAUGUGAAACAAAAACUACUUUAUUAAGGUAUUCUGAUUCUGAUUACUCUCGUGAUAGAUGUGCGUUAAUCCGUGUACGAGUUCAGUGAUUCAGUGAGGUGAUGACGGAGUUAGGGAACACAUUUUCUGCAGUUGAAGCAGGGAAAAACGUUUUACACCGAUGCGUUAAAACUAUCCGAGUUCAUCUUGUUGUGCAUAAACUCUUUGGUUUUUCUAACGCUGCAUUUAGAAACCUUGUGCCUUUAAGAGGGCGUCGCUAAAUGGAGCGCGGGACCCCGGCAGUGUUUACAUUUGAAUAACAAGGGCGCGAAACAACUAGACCAGAACCCGCGGGAUUAUUACUAGUGUAGGGCUAUUACCAGUGUAGUGUAGGUGCAUUAUCGGCUGUUAACUGACUGUCAACAUGCCCGUUCUAGAAGGUAUAAACGCAUCUGCAGUGUCUCCAUCCAAGAAGGCGAGGACGGAGACAAAGACGACAGAUCAGAAACCUGUCCUCAGGUUUGCUAAACUCUCUGAACAUGCCACGACUCCAACCAGAGGCUCCACUAAAGCUGCAGGAUACGAUCUGUACAGUGCGUACGAUUACACCAUUGCUCCUAUGGAUAAAGCCAUUGUGAAGACUGACAUUCAGAUUGCUGUUCCACACGGCUGCUACGGGAGAGUGGCACCGAGAUCUGGACUGGCAGUGAAACACUUCAUUGAUGUCGGCGCUGGAGUGGUGGAUGAAGACUAUCGAGGGAAUGUGGGAGUUGUGCUCUUCAACUUUGGCAAGGAGACAUUUGACGUGAAAAAAGGCGACCGUGUUGCUCAGCUGGUUUGUGAGAGGAUCUGCUACCCAGAGCUAGAGGAACAAGAGACUCUAGAUGAGACGCAACGUGGUGCCGGAGGCUUCGGGUCAACUGGGCGGAACUGAAAACUUUGAAGUUACAGUAAAUGUAUGUUGAAAAUAGUAUGAAUUACUUGUUAAUAAAGAUUUACCUUUUUUAAACAUUA